UCUGCCGGAAAUUGCAUUUAGCCGCAGGGGUGUUUCCGGCCGGCCAAUCCGUCGAAAAUCCACAAAUUGCAUUUCGACAGAUUUUAAGCGUCGGAAAAACCCAUUAUUUUGUAGUGAAUGUUUUCAUACGAUCAGUAUUUGUUUCAAUUGUUAACAUCACCAUAAUGUUGGAUGGUGGCCUAUUAUUACUACCAUAUAUAUAAAGACAUCAUUGCUUGGUCUAUAUAAUUGCUUCCCACCAAAGUCAUCACCAGAGAGUCAUAGCUCGAAUCAAAGGUGGAACCAUGACUAAGUGGCAGACGAUGGUCGUUGCCUUUCUGUUCAAGUUAUUUCUCGCAAAUUCGGUGACAUCACAACCACAGACAAAGAUACUAAUCAACAGUUGCGGCCAAAUCAACGCCAGCAACCCCCUGAAUUUCUUCCACAAUCUUAACGAGACUUUUGGAAAUGUGCGACGACAAUUAUCCAACAAUAAGACCUACUUUGUGACUGCGGAACAGACGAGGAAUUCAGAGCCAGUUUAUGUACUGUGUCAGUGCAGGAAGUACAUGUCAACCCGCGACUGUGUGGCUUGUUUUGAUUUUGCGGUUAGGUCAAUACGUUCUUGCGCUCCUGCCAAAGGUGCCCGUAGAGUGCUUGACGGCUGCUAUCUCAGGUACGAAAGUAAUUCUUUCUACGACGAAACAACAAACGAUGGAAAUGUCGGCUUAUGUGGUAAUCGUACUUCAUCACGACAAGGUGUUUUCGAAACAGCUGUGGAUGGAUUAUUGUCCGAUCUUUCUAUCGCCACCCCUAGAAUAAGUGGUUUCUAUGCUGCGGCCACAGCACCAGUAGUUGGUACAAAUACUACCAAGGUUUAUGCUAUAGCACAGUGUGUCGAGAGGGUUACACGCAAUGGAUGCAAAGAUUGCUUACACGUUGCAUACGCCAACAUCAAGAUUUGCCCAACAGUUGUUACUGACGGAAGGGCUAUUGAUUCUGGGUGUUUCAUGAGGGGAUAUACGGCACCAGAAUAUGCAAUACACGGACAAUUGUCUGAGAAAGUUGACACCUACAGUUUCGGUAUAGUGGUGCUUGAGAUUGUUAGCGGAAAAAGAUGCACAGACGUCCGAAACGAAUCGGCUGGAGAACAAUACCUCCUUGAGCAUGCCUGGAAUCUAUAUGAGACUCGCAUGCACUUGAAGUUGGUUGAUGAGACAUUAGACCCAAGUAAGUACAGAGAAGACGACAUAAAGAAAGUCAUAGAAAUCGCACUAAUGUGCACUCAGUCACCUGUUUCUGUCAGACCAACAAUGUCUGAAGUGGUGAUGCUUCUAAGUGAUAGGUCACGAGUACAAAACCCGCCAAGUAGACAAAACGUCAAUUUAACCAACAUAAGAACACAAACUGAUAACUCCACAUCUACUACCUUGUCCAUGAGCAACAAUGAUGCGACAAUCACGGAAUUAACAGGUCGGUAAUUUGUUACCAGGCUAUGUUCUCUGUGCCAAGAUGGAUCUAGAGUCGUAUGCAGAAGAUUUGAAGUGUAUGUUCAUGCUUAUAUGAUCAUAGAUAGUUCCGGUUUGGAAACGAAUGUGUGAGCAAUAUGAAACAUGUGUAAGAACUUGCUCCUUGGAUGAUGUUUCGUAUACUUUAAACUCAUGCUCAUGGAAAUAAAACUACUAGGAGACUUUUGUUAAAAUUAAGCUAGCUAUGGUUUGCUUAUGUUAAGUCAAGCUUGUUGACCGUUAGGCAAACUAACGGCUAGUUAAUAGUUAAGGUUUGACAGUUAAAUAACUGUCAACCUUUGUGAAACGUUGUGUCUGUUUGUUACAGGGGUGAGAACCCUUUUGUGUUUUUUAUAUGCUUGUAUCCUAUGUAC